UUCAACUUAAACAAAAAUUAAUUACCAAUUUCAAUAAAGUUGCACAAAAUUCGUUAGUUUAAUUAGGAAGAAAAUGCAUCCUCGGAUAGAUCAGUAUCGGCAUUACCAACAACAGCCACAGCAGCAACAACAGCAACAGACACCACAACGGAUCCUGUAUCUGACACGGAGACCCGAGCAGAGACCAGAACCGGAACAGGAGCGCAUCGUAGUUAUAAUCGAUGAUGCAACGUUGAAAUUAUUUGUGCGAAGAGUUUAUUUAUAUGCGGUCAUAUUCAUAUUGGUUACAUCGAUGACCUGGCUGCUGGUCGCGUGGACCAAUUUUGCAUUUGAUAAAGCAGUUCCCGUGCCGUACUUUGUGUGGAUCUUGUUGUCAUUCCUUUUGCUGAUGAUAAUGAAUUGCGUUCCGCAAACGCGAUACAUUUUUCCCAUCAAUUGGGUGAUGACGAUCUCUAUAGUGAUAUUAUUAAUCCUUGCAGGGGCUUGUUUAGUACAAAUAUUUCCGGUUCUCAUCCUGUUUGCGAGUCUUGUAGUCUCAGUUGCGAUAGUUGGGAUAUUAUAUGCAUGUGGUGCAAUGUGCCCACAAAAACUACUGCCUGGAGUCCUUUGUACUGCGUGUCUAUCUUGUAUUUUGAUCAUAAAUAUGUUUGUAUUCCUCAUACUGAUCAUCUUCCUAAGGAAUCCUAUCAUUGGUCUAGUGUUUGCCAUAUCACUGUUUUGUUUGCUUACUGUAAUGAUGCCUUUCCAUGCACAGUAUAUUCAUGGCCGUCUUGAGAUUGUGCCUCUGCUGGAUGUGCUGCACUGUGCCCUGUCCAUCCACAUUUACUUUGUACUUACAUUAUUUGCCAUUAACUAUUUGUACUUUUACCUUACAUACAAAUAAUAU